AUCAUUGAUACUGAAAUGAAACUAUCUAUUGUUUAAAAAUUAAUAUAAUGUAUAAGAAAAAAUGGCAGAAUUUAAAAAAACUCGAUAAUAAUAGUUAUGAACUUGAACCAGAAGCAAUUAAAAGGAUACAAUGUCCAUUAAAAGUUAAUUUUUCGCAUAUAGCAUUUGAUUGGACUGAAGAACAUUUUAUUGCAAGUGAUACAGCAGGAUAUUUAUAUUACAUCGAUCUAAUGAAUAAUUGUCCUUCCUAUCAAAAAUUAGGAAACGUCGGACGAGCAACAUUCGUGGCAUUUAAUCCCAUAAAUAAACUUGAAAUAUUAGUUGGUCUUGCUACAGCUGACAUAAAAAUAUUGAGAAUAAAUGCAGAUGUUUCUCAAUUUCGCUUGUUAAUUGCUCAUAAGGUACCCCCAGUAUAUGUUUCUUUUUACAAAAAUUAUUGUUUGACUUCUUCACAUAAAGAAGUUAUAAUAUGGUGUCUAAACUCCUGUAAUAAAGCUCAACAGUUAAGAGCUUGUCCAAAAAAUUUUAUAAUAAAAAAGACAAGUUUUUCAAACUUAGGACACAUUGUUGUGCUCUAUUACAAUGAUACUUUCCAAAUAUGGAAUUUCAAUCAAUUAGAAAACAAUGUAAAAAUCGAUGCAAAGAUAUUUGGAAUACGAAAUAUUAAAGACUUUGUCUUUACACAAAAUGGAAGAGCAAUGAUUAUAGUUAGCACCCAAAAUAAAAUUAUCAUUCUGAAUACGUGUAACUGGAAUUUAAUGAAAACUUUAAAUUUGCCAGACAAUUUUAUUGGAGUGAAAUAUUUAUCACUUGUACCAUCUUUGGAUAGUGGAACAAUUAGUAUAAUGGCAUGUAUUUUAUCAAGCUCUAAUCUUUACUUCUUUGAUCUGAAUCAGUCUUGUGUCAUUGAUAUUCUACAAGUUACCAAACCAAUAAAAAAAAUUGCAGUUUCUUCCACUGGCAGGUAUAUAGCAUAUAUAGAAAAGGAGGGUCAUCUGAAAUUAAUAAUUAGUGAGAAAUUAUUUUCAAAAAAAUGUGAAUCUUUGCAAAAGUUAAUAGAACCAUGUAGACCACUUGCACAUGGAAUAUAUGAUCACUUACAAUGUGUUAGACAAAGCAUUAAACACGAAUUACGUUUAGAAAGAUUAAUACUUAUUUUAAAAGAAUAUGGAGAAUAUCCUGGAAAAUAUCGAGUAUUAAUAUGGUCGACUAUUCUAAAUUUGCCAGCUAAUAAAUGUUCAUAUAAUGCCUUGGCUAAUAAAGCUGCUAGUAUAAAUUUCACUUCAGACAUUUUAAAAAACUAUCCAUUAGCAAGUAGAAGUAAACAUAUAUUAUUAAUGACUACUGUUCAUUGCUUAAUACAAUGGUGUCCUUUAUUAGUACAAUGUUCAUUUUUACCAAAUUUAGUUUUUCCAUUUCUUAUUAUAUUUCAGGUAAUAAAAUAUAUAAUAUAUAUUCAUAAUAUACUGAAACAGAUGACAUAUCAAGAGAAAUUAACUGCUUUAUUUUUAUUACAGAAAGAUCUACUACUUGGCUUUGAACUCAUUUUAACUAUAUUAUUGAAUUAUUGUCAAAAGUGGUUUGAAUAUCAUCCUUUACCACCAUUAAAUGUGUUAGGUAUAAUAGAAAAUAUUCUUCUACAAGCAGAUCCAUCCUUGUUAAACGUUUUUUGUGAACGAGGAAUAACAUCUAGUGAAUAUGCAUGGCCUCUUUUAAAGACUGGUAUGAGUGAAGUCUUAUCUGGUCCUGAGUGGUUAAUUUUAUGGGAUAAUCUAAUAUCUUGUAAAAAACCUUCACUUCUAUUGAUGAGUAUUGUUGCAUACAGUAUAUGUUCCCGCGAAAUUAUUAUUUCUUCAUUACAAGCACAAGAAAGUAUUAAAAGAUAUUUUACUAAACAAGGUCAUAUUGGCGCACAUGAAUUACUAAAAGUUGCUCAACAGCUUGAUAAUAAUUUACCGUUAAGAAUACAUCCUAGCCAUUACCUUAGGGAUGAAGUAAUUACAUUACCUUCCAAAGGGCCAUAUCCACCAUUUAUGUUACAUGAUUUUCCCAAAUUUUUAACAGAUGAAAUCUCUGUUCUCGAAUUAGAAAAGUUAAAGGAAAAACAAAGAAUUAUGCGUCAAUGCAAUCAAAAAAUUAUAGAAAUUGCAGAAAUAAAUAGACUGGAACAUGAAGCAAAAGCUUUUAUGGAUCAAAUCAAUCAAACAAGAUUAAAGGAGGCACACAAAUCUUUCAAACAACAAUUGUUUGAUGCGAAUUGGGAAAUAAGAACAGAACAAAGACCAACAGAAACAUAUAAAGCUAGUUGUGAAUGUAUUUGUGAUCAAUUUCAUGGUACCUUGCAUUUAAAUUUAGAUACUACAAGUGAUAAAGAUAUUGUAUGUUCGAAAAAUGGCAAAACAAAACGUUAUUUUCAGUUACAAGAAGAUGUGAACAAAUUAGAAUAUGAAGUACAAAGUUUUUUGAGUUCUUUAAGAUCUCAAAAAUCAAGAGUAGUUAAUAGUUAACAUGUUUUAUAUAUUACAAGAUUAUAAUAAAAGAAUUAAUAUUUCUUUUGUAUCAUGUUUGCGGAAAUAAAGAUUUU